CCUUCCUUUUGCAAUUUGCAUUGGUUUUUUCGUGACAGGAACGUGAAUAAACAUAUUUUUCAAUAAGUACUUCAAAUUGUACGAGUAAAAUAGGGAUUCAAAUUGGAAAUUACCAUUUCCUCGAGGAGAUUUAGUUUUUCUAACCACAAAAAUGGCCAAAUUUUUCGCAUUAUUUUUGAUCAUCGUUUCAUUUAGCGCCCUCAGUUUCAUCAAACAAGGAGAAGCAGGAAUAACCAGUCCCAGCAAUCAAUCACAAAACUUAGCUGACAAAUACGAACCGUUCUUGGUCGUAACAUCCGACACGUGGUUAUCACCAGAAUCUAAUUACGAAUUGCCAUCUGAAUUAAUAGUAAAAGACGACACGGGCGUGAAAUGGCAAUUAGCAUCAGGAUCAGAGGAAAAAUUCGUAAUUUCACUCUGUCCUGAAUUCCGCACUACGGAUCCAGAAGUGGAAAUUAUUCUGGAAGUCCUCAACGAAGUAUUCCCCAAUUCCAAGAAGUGCAUGUUUGUGAGAGAGUUUACAAGGAAUGAACCGCAUGCUUGUGAACGAGAACCGCAAAUAUCGUUAGAAAAAAGAAAACAAGAUGACGGAUCACCAGUUACUUGCGGUGUCAGUGACCAGCAACAAUUAAUAGAUGCUCUGUAUUACAAUUGUGUUUCAGACCAGAGAUUGGUAGAAUACACAGUAGAAUUACAGGCUACACAAAGAGAUUCCACCAAAGUCCCUCCAUUUGAACCGAUACGUUACUUCAUGUACGAAAUAUGCUACGAUUUUCAACGCAAUCAAACACUAUGGACAAAAUAUACGCCCAUGACUCCGCCACUAAUCGCUGAUAAAAUAUCGCUUCACAAAACCCUAAGCGAUAUCGAUAUCAAAGACUUCAGCACAGAUAUCUCCUCCUUAAACUUGAGCUCGGCGAGAUUUGAAAAUCUUAAAAAAUCAUAUCAACUCACCAGCCCUAGCACCAGCUCAGUGUUCACUUUGGUGCCCGAAGACCACAUGGCGAUGCUGUAUUGGAAGAAAGCCACUAGCCACAUAAUCAAUUCGGCACCUCUAUUGCAUGAAUUUAUCCCCAUAAUGAAGGCUAUCAACGAUGGAAUUUUCAACGCGUCGCAUAAUUUAUUUGUAAAAUCGAAAGAUAUUUUGAAAAUUUACACCGCAGCCGACACGGAAGUUAUACCGAUGAUGAAUUUUAUAUCAAGUUUUGAUAUUGUAAAGGGAGACGAAAUCCAGUUGAAGCUCAAAAAAGAUGCUGAAAUUAUUAAUUUAUUCAAACCAAAUAUAUGGUAUAAAUUCGUGUACAAUGAAAGCGAAAAAUCCGGAGUUGUAAUUGUACUGCAUAAUACCCGUGAAAAUAUCCCUUUCAAAGAAUGUUCAGACAAUGAGAUUAUAGAUUGUGAUAUCAAGAAGUGGUCUGCUUAUUCGGAGCAUAUCUCCGAUAAAAGUCUAGACAAUGUGUACUGUUGUCGAGCAUCGGAGAACAUGGUAAAAGAAAUGUUUUCGAUACAAGUAAAGCUCGAGAACGCAUUAUUUGAUAUCGAAGCAAUGAUUCCAGUGAAGAGAGUGACCUUUAAAGAUUUCCCUAAAUACAAAGGAAACGACAGCGCCUCCGAGGCAGCGGAAACUACAGCUAUUAAUCUCUGAACAUUUUCCUCGAUUACUAAUUCAAAAGAAAAAUAUGCAAUUAUUCAUUUUCAUGUUAGCUCUUACAUAUUAGCCAAUAUAAAAUAGGUACCUACUACCUACCUAUCAAUUAUCAUAAUGAUUCAGUCAAUGUUAAAAGCAACCGAUGCUCCAUAAAAAUUGUUAAUUACGAUACCGUUUAUGUUAAUAUAAAUAUAAUCAGUCAUAAGUAUUAUUAUUAUUUAGAAAAAAAAAAACACAUUUCUCAUCACCAUAAGCAAGUAUACAUAUGAAGCAUGUGUUUCCAAAACGCACUAAGUCCAAAAAAAUAUUGAUAAGAAAUUCAUGAUACUUACUUAGUACAAUUUGGAAACGUUAUAGAAAUGGCUCAAAUUGGCUGAUUUUUUGAUAUGUUGUAGCCAAGACCCUUGGGCACAACAUAUCAAAAAACCAGCCAUUUUGGGCCGCACUAGAUGGCCUUGCAACCUCAGAAUCUUUAAAAAUGGACUUGGUGCGUUUUGGAAACACAUGCUUCAUAUAACUAUAUGCCAAAUUGCCAACUGAAUUAGGUAACCUACAUUUUUUAUAAAAUUGAGUGAGGAAGUAAAAUCAAAAAUUUGUGUUUUUACUUCUCACACGUUUUGAAAUACCUACAUACCUACUAAAAAUCUUAAUUUAAUUUGAUUUCCCAAGUUUUGAG